GGGCGGGGCGGGGCGGGGCGGGGCCGGCGCGGGAAGAGACGGAGGGCCAGGAGGAGGGCUAGGAUUCGCGAGAAAAGGGGCGCCGCUGAGCGUCUGCGGCUUCUACCUUCUCCCUAGCGGCCGUGGGGCUGCAGCUUCCUUCCUGACCUACUUCCCCGUGAGGCAGAAUUUUCUGCUGUGAAGCCAUUACCUAAGUGCCAGCAGGUCUAACCCACGAAGCUCAGAAAGAGAAGACCAUCAGGUUGGGUGAGGGUGGUCUUGUCCAGCUCAACCUCCUGGGACCUGAGGAAGGGGCCAACCUAGGGUGGACUGGCCCCCCUCCUGCAGACCCAUGGCGCACCGGCUACAGUUACGACUGCUGACGUGGGACGUGAAGGACACGCUGCUCAGGCUCCGCCACCCCGUGGGAGUGGAAUAUGCCACUAAGGCCCGGGCCCACGGGCUGGAGGUGGAAGCCACAGCCCUGGGACAGGCCUUCAGGCAGGCGUACAAGGCUCAGAGCCAGAGAUUCCCCAACUAUGGCCUGAGCCACGGCCUCACCUCCCGCCAGUGGUGGCUGGAUUUGGUCCAACAGACCUUCCACCAGGCUGGUGUUCGGGAUGCCCAGGCUGUGGCCCCCAUCGCUGAGCAGCUGUAUAAGGACUUCAGCAGUCCUAGCACCUGGCAGGUGUUGGAGGGGGCUGAGGCCACCCUUAGGGGGUGCCGAAAACGAGGCCUGAGGCUGGCAGUGGUCUCCAACUUUGACCGACGACUAGAGGACAUCCUGAAAGGUGUUGGCCUGCGGGAACACUUCGACUUUGUGCUGACAUCUGAGGCUGCCGGCUGGCCCAAGCCCGACCCCCGUAUUUUCCAUGAGGCCUUGCACCUUGCUCAGGUGGAACCGACGGUGGCAGCCCAUAUUGGGGACAGUUACCAAUGUGAUUACAAGGGAGCACGGGCUGUAGGCAUGCACAGCUUCCUGGUGGCUGGCCCUGAGCCUUUGGACCCUGCGGUCAAGGAUUCUGUACCCCAGGAACACUUUCUCCCCUCACUGUCCCUUCUCCUGCCUGCCCUUGACCACCUGGCGGGCUCCCCCGCAAGGCUUUGAGUCUGGUGAGGGAAGUGGCCGGGGUCAACAGACACUGGAGACAGGGAGCCCUUUUCUUCCCAAGAUCUGGCCUUUGCCCCUCCCCCUGCAGCCUCUAUAACACGUUCUGACUGUAAAGCCUUGAGUGCGCCUUUCAGCCCUGCCCCACCAACCAGCUCCUGGUCUCUGAUUCAUUCAUCAAACCCAUGUCCCUUUUCCACUGCGAGUCCCCCUCACCUCCAACAAGAUUCAUGAGGGCGCAACUAGCUUCAAGACCAGCACUUUCAAACUUUCUUUUAGCAGCAGGGCCUUUUGUCAUGGGAGUACUUAGGUGGAACCCCAACAUGCAAAACAGGAAAAGUGAGAGAGAGCUAGGAUUGAAGCAGAGGUCCUGGGGACCUUCUUCCAUUCAUGAAGUCUCCAUGACUCUCCCCCUGGGAAGCCUAGAGAUCAGAGGAGCUUAGUUAGGUAACCAGGACACUAAGCUGAGCUGUAAGGACACUGCCCUCUAGGACUGCAUAGUCUGAAGGGGAAACUUACUUUAAAAAUUUUUUUAACUAUGC